CAUUUCUGUUUCUAUUUCCUAGAUAGCUUGAUUCGGUGCCGGGAAACUAGGGAUGUUUAAGUCUUUCGCUUCCUGCGGUUCGCAACGAUGGAUUCCGUUCAGAUGAUAUCGCACAUUGAACAAUCGCUCACCUACUCGGUUUACGACGUCAAAUGGAUUCCCUGUACGGCCAAGUUUGUUGCGAUCGGCUCAAAGCCCAAAGGAACGGGCGCGCUGCAAAUAUACGAGCUGAACCGCGGAACCGUGGAGCUAGUGAACGAAUCGGAGCUGGAGAAGUCCUUGAAGAGCUGUUCCUUCGGUGCUUCCAGCCUGCGUGAGGCACAUCUGGCCGUGGGCGAUUUCAGUGGAAAGCUAGUCCUUUAUGAUCUCGAGCGUAUUGAUGCGCCGUUGUACGAGGUGGCCGCGCACGAUGGAAUCAUCAACUCUUUGGAUGCGAUCGGUGGGUCAACGAUCAACUGUGGAGCACCGGAGAUAGUGACGGGCGGCCGAGAUGGAUCGGUGAAGGUGUGGGAUCCGAGACAACGCGAUACUCCGGUAGCGCACAUUAGCCCGGCAAGCAACGAGCCGAGCGAGAGGCGUGACUGUUGGUCGGUCACUUUUGGUGACUCGCACAACACGGCAGAGCGGAUCGUAUGCUCCGGAUACGACAAUGGAGAUUUGAAGAUGGUCGAUUUGCGCAACUUGAAGCUACGAUGGGAAACGAACUUGAAGAAUGGAAUUUGUUCGCUGGAGUUUGAUCGAAAAGACAUUAGAAUGAAUAAGUUGGCCGUUACCACUCUCGAGGGGGGUCUGCAUGUGUUCGACAUGCGUACGCAACAUCCGCUGAAAGGAUUCGCGUCGGUGCGGGAGAAAACCGUCGGUCAAUCGCUCGGAACAAAUGGAGUCAUAAGCGGUGCUAAAUCAACUGUCUGGGCGGUGAAACAUCUGCCACAGAAUCGGGACAUUUUUGUCACAGGAGGCGGUUCCGGCAAUGUCCGCACAUGGCUCUAUCAUUACCCGGAGAAGCGAAGCACCACCCACACGGAUGGUGAUGAGCUGGGAGUGGCCGGUACACUGGAAAUGUUGCACGCAACGACCAUUUCGACGCAACCAAUCCACACGUUCGACUGGAGCCCGGAUCGACAGGGCUUGGCCGUCUGCGGAUCGUUCGAUCAGACUGUUCGGGUGUUGAUAACGACCAAUUUGAAUUUGCAUUAA